AUGACAAGACAAGGAGAGUAACAUCUGAUUUUGCCUUCGCUUCUCUAACUAAACAAAACAGAAACGCUCCCGUCCCUCGGAGCGCGUACCCUCCGAGUAUGCGUACUCGCUCUCACGGCUAAACGACGUCGUCGAUCGCCAGAACCGGUCAACGGAGACAUUUUGAACGCGAACCCUAGGGUUUUUCUCAGCGAUGGCGUCGGAAGACGUGGUGGGGAAGACGACUAGUGACUCGGCGGUGUCGACGAUCGUGAACCUUGCGGAGGAGGCGAAGCUCGCGAGUGAAGGGGUCAAGGCGCCGAGCCACGCCUUGCUCAGCAUCUGCAAGUCACUGGUCGCCGGAGGAGUUGCCGGUGGAGUCUCACGAACUGCUGUUGCUCCACUAGAAAGAUUAAAAAUUUUGCUCCAGGUUCAAAACCCUCAUAGUAUCAAAUACAACGGAACAGUUCAAGGGUUGAAAUAUAUAUGGAAAACAGAGGGAAUAAGAGGAUUGUUCAAAGGGAAUGGAACUAAUUGUGCUCGUAUUGUCCCAAACUCAGCAGUCAAGUUCUUCAGCUAUGAGCAAGCAUCUCGGGGUAUUUUAUGGCUUUAUCGACAACAACCUGGAAAUGAAGAGGCUCAGCUUACUCCUGUGUUACGACUUGGAGCUGGUGCAUGUGCCGGAAUUAUUGCCAUGUCGGCAACUUACCCAAUGGACAUGGUACGAGGUCGACUAACUGUACAGACAGAAAAUUCGCCUCGCCAGUAUAAGGGAAUCUUCCAUGCUCUUUCUACGGUCCUUCGGGAAGAAGGCCCUCGGGCUCUUUAUAGAGGCUGGUUACCUUCUGUCAUAGGAGUUAUUCCAUAUGUGGGUCUUAACUUUGCUGUGUAUGAAUCUUUGAAAGACUGGUUGAUUACAAGUAGACCUUUUGGACUGGUUAAGGACUCUGAGCUGAGUGUGACAACAAGACUUGCAUGUGGUGCUGCUGCUGGAACUGUUGGCCAGACAGUUGCUUACCCACUUGAUGUCAUUCGACGAAGAAUGCAGAUGGUGGGAUGGAAAGAUGCUGCGUCGGUCGUGACUGGUGAUGGGAGGAACAAGGGAGCCCAUGAAUAUACUGGUAUGGUUGAUGCAUUCAGGAAAACAGUUCGGCACGAAGGAAUUGGAGCGUUGUACAAGGGUUUGGUCCCCAAUUCAGUGAAGGUGGUCCCAUCCAUCGCAAUUGCAUUCGUUACAUAUGAGGUGGUUAAGGACAUUCUUGGAGUUGAGAUGAGGAUAUCCGACUAAGGCAAGAGGAACUUCAAGCUGUUUGUUCAACUAUUGUGCUAAUUUUGCAAGCAAGCGGAGAUGAUUAUUAGGAGAAGGUAUAUGCCUGGACUUACGUAUUUUCCAGUUAGGAGGAAUCUUAGAACUAGAAACCCACCUUUAGUAUCGUAUCGAUAUUCCUUACCAUCUAGACCCAUUUCUUUCUAUCCAACCCAACCUUAGUUGUUAGCAUUCAUAUUUUUAUGCCAUGGCAAUAAGUUUGGUGCACUAGAUGCAUUCCUAUGUCUUCCCAGAGAAGUCAAGUGAUUCGCUACACUGUUGUAUCUGUGGUAACUGUUUUACAAAAUAGAAUUGCCGCCAUAGGUCGUUUGGUUUUUACUUCCUUCCCUUUUAUAUAUAUAUAUGGUCUUAUACUCACAAUUACUUAUCUUGUAUGUUCUCUCACUUGGUUAUGUCAAUUAGUGAUUGUGUGUAAUAUAA